AUGACUGAUCACAUGAUUGCUGACGAAAGCGAUCGAUAUUUCCUCACAUUUACUACAACCGCAAGACAUCGAAGCAAACACUGCUCUCCCGAAGCAUUCGGACGGCCGGACGGUCGCCAAACGCCACGACUCGGCCCCCAAUCGGACACUCCGUGCGCUUCUCCUCUCAUUUCCGUUAUUCGCAGCCUUUUGGGCCCUUUCUCUAUACGCAACGCAAUCGCCUCUCAAUCGCUUGUAGACGAAAGCAACGCUUCGAAGGCUGUAUUGUCUGCAAAAGCCUUCUCUGCUCUCCAGCGCUCACACGUGUCGGCGAAGAUGUCAUCGAUUCCCACUUUCAUCGAUAUCUCCGAAUCGGAACAGUGCGAAGAACUGCGCGAAUACUUAGAGUCUUUGGGCGCAGUCUUCACCAAAAGCGAGACAUUUAUCGGCGAAUUGAAGCAAAUCAUCGCCGCCUGCGAUGUGCUCUUCCGCGAGGGCGCGAAGGAGUCGGACGUCGAGUCGGUUCUCAAUUCCGUGGUAUCUCUGCUCAUCGUUUCGGUGCCGCAGUCAUCGCAAGAGUCCUCUCAACUGAUUCAGGCCUUCUGUGAACAGACUCUGAAACCCAAACCCGCGAAACAGAGUCUCGUUUGUCUUCGAGUCCUGAAGAACCUGUUCGGCGGACUCCAAGACAUCGUCGAUCUGCGCUUCCGGGUGUACGUGACGCUCGUGCGC